UUCAUCUGAUCCUCAUACUGUGAUCAUCAGCAUGUGUGUAAAGCGUGAGCUCAACGUGAGUUCAUCUGAUCCUCAUACUGUGAUCCUCAGCAUGUGUGUAAAGCGUGAGCUCAACGUGAGUUCAUCUGAUCCUCAUACUGUGAUCCUCAGCAUGUGUGUAAAGCGUGAGCUCAACGUGAGUUCAUCUGAUCCUCAUACUGUGAUCAUCAGCAUGUGUGUAAAGCGUGAGCUCAACGUGAGUUCAUCUGAUCCUCAUACUGUGAUCCUCAGCAUGUGUGUAAAGCGUGAGCUCAACGUGAGUUCAUCUGAUCCUCAUACUGUGAUCCUCAGCAUGUGUGUAAAGCGUGAGCUCAUUGUGAAUGCUUCACACUCCGGUCCAGUUGGCGGUGGUAAAUGCACCAUCUAAGCUGGUCUUCCAACCACCAUAAAACAUGUAAAGAAGAAGAAAAAGUUGUGCAUGGUAUUGUUACACCGCAGAAAUGGUGAGUGGCCUAUUUACAUACUUUUAGAUGUGCAAUGUGGUCUGGUCUUUUUUUUUUUUUUAGCAGAGUACUGCUCACACAUGCUACAUGUGCACCAGCCAUUUUACCUUCAGUAAUCACACCAAAAUUGCUAGCUGCAGCUAGUUUGCAUAUCAGUAUUUGUGAAUUGUUAGGCCUGUUAUGUCAGAUCAUUACAACAUUACUAACUUUAUAUUUCAAUAUAUUAAUUUUUUUUAUUUAUACUUAUAUUUCAAUAAUUAACAAGCGCUGUAAAACAACAGUAAGCAAGAAUGCUGCACUGGUGGAAUAGCGUAAACUAUCAUUGCUCUUUGGAUAAAAAGAUGAAGUACGCCUACUCUUAGACACUCAUAUUAAAGAUAAAAAGCCUUAUUUCACCACGCUAUAUGACUAGUUUUUUAACAACAACUUCUAUCUGCGGAACUGUAGCUGUUUUAUGUUAAAAGCUUCAACGUCACUUCCCAUUUACCAAAACUCAAAGUGACUGACAUUCAUCCUCUUAUUAACAUAACAAGCAACUUUACCCAGACAUCAGAUGCAACACUACAUCAUUAAGAAUGUAAAGUGUAGAUCUACAAAAGUGUAGUUUAAAGUACUUUAUGAUACACACUUUCUUUAGGAUACACAACAAUUGUCCAAAGAAGACUUCUUAAACAAUUAUCAAAUACAGUAAUCAGUGAGAGUGGCUAAGGUUGUCCUCUCAAACAAAAAAAAUUUGUAAAAGAUUUAUGUGUUUCAUAUAAUGUUUUACUAAUACAGAAGUUCUUUUUGGCCUGUUAGGAUUUGGAAACAAAAAUUAAGGCAUUGAAAAGACAGCAACAAAAAGCUCGUAGAAAAUCAAAAAAGAUCAUUUUGGCUCUUCAGAAAAAAAAUGAAAACACUUCUGAUAGUGAACACUCCUCCAGAGAACUUGAAUCAGACUACUCAUCAGACGACUCAGGAAAUAUGCUGAAUGUUGUGGAGCAGCAUCUAAAUGAAGACUUGCAAGAACAGUAUGAUUCAGAAUCACAACAGAAUACCAUAAUUAAUAUGCAAGAUCAAGUGCUAUGGUAUGAAAUUGAUAGACUAAAUGAUUCCAUGGAUGUUACCAGUGAAAGUAACUCAGAGCUAGCUUUGUCUCUGGAGAAAAAGCUGUCUGAGUGGGCAAUGAAAUUCAACAUCUCCAUGACCUCUCUCACUCAUUUGCUUAAGAUUUUGAAGGAACAUGACAUUGAUGUUCCAGCAGACGGACGAACACUAUUGAAAACACCUCGUUCUGGCAGUUUGAGAAUAACAGAAAAAUCAGGUGGCAAAUACACAUAUUUUGGAUUAAAGGAAGGUCUUACGCAUACUCUGUCUGAGCAAGACACUUCAAAAUACGACCACUUUGAGAUUUCUUUGAAUAUUGAUGGCCUACCCAUUUUCAAGUCCAAAAACCUCACAAUGUGGCCACUUCAGUGUGCUGUCAUCAACAUUGAUGAAGUGAAAAACAGUCCUUUUGUUGUUGCUCUGUUUUCUGGAGCAAAGAAACCAAAUGAUUUGGAGUUUUUGAGGGAUUUUAUGGAGGAGCUGCAAGAACUGAUGGAAACAGGCUUUAAAGGGAAGAGAAUUGUCCUCAAAAACAUCAUAUGUGAUGCACCAGCACGAGCCCUCAUCAAAGGAAUAGUUCAGUUUAAUGGCCGCUAUGGCUGUGACUUUUGUGAUGUAAAGGGAGUUCAUGAGAGCAAAAUGCUUUUUUUGUAUAAAGGAAAUCUCAGAACCAAUGAGUCAUUUAGACAGAAGACAAAUCCUGAACAUCACAAAACAGAUAGCAUUCUUUUGAAUCUGGACAUUGAUAUGAUCAGGCAGUUCCCAAUAGAUCCCAUGCAUUGUGUAGAUCUAGGAGUGACUAAGCGAAUGUUGAUGCUGUGGAAAGAAGGACCUUUGGCCCAUAGAUUAUCAGCUGGACAUCUUAGCACCAUUACUUAUUUUCAUCAAGCUGUCCGACAUCACAUACCUCCUGAAUUCAAUAGGAAACCCAGGGGGUUAGAUGAACUGAAGCACUGGAAAGCAACUGAAUUCCGAACAUUUUUGCUUUAUACUGGACCAGUGAUUUUGAAAUAUGUUCUCGAUAAGGAGAAGUAUAUUCACUUCCUUUCACUUAGUAUUGGAAUGCGCAUCUUGUACAGUGAAAACCUAAUGGAGCAUCGUGAUUAUGCAGAUGAGCUGUUAACAUAUUUUGUUGAAAAAGGUAGCAGCCUGUAUAGCAUGAGUUUCAUCUCAUAUAAUGUGCAUUGCUUGCUACAUCUCACUGAUGUUGCAAAUUACAACAGAUCAUUACACUAUUGUUCAGCGUACAAGUUUGAGAACAAUAUGGGUCAAAUCAAGAGGUUUAUCCGCGGUUCAAGUGAUCCACUGAUUCAAGUAGCUAACAGAUUGGCAGAGAGGCAAGCAAUAUCAAGUUCUAAGAAAUCAAAUGUUAACUCUGGUACGCCAAAGACAAAAGAAUGUUACAGAAUGACCAAUGAUAGCUACUGCCUUAUACAUGGAGUUCAAGAAAAUCUGAUUUUUUGUGAGGUUUUUUUGCAGAAUGGAACCUUUGUACACUAAGCCAUGUGACUCCAGAAUAAUUGGCAUAUUCAAAGGAUUUCGGAAUCACACUAAAAUGUUACAUACUGACACCACUCAACUGAGACAUAAAGCAAUCAUGAUACCUUUGUCAUUGAUUGAUAAAGAUGAAUACAAUGCGGUAGCGCUUAUACCGCUCAUGCAUUCAGUUUGAUUAGUUAGUCAAGUAAGUCAGUAAGGCAGGGUUUUUGCCUUUUUUAUUGCAUGUUAUCCUGAUUUUGAUCCAAAGACUAUGAAUAAUGUGUGUGUGUGUGUGUGUGUGUGUGCGUGUGCGUGCGUAUUUCAGUAUCGAAUUUGUUUAUUCGGUGAUGGACAGACAUCUGUUGUACCAAUCAGUUGGAUUUUUGAUGACAAUGGAACAUUGAAGUGUCGAUGGACAUCAUCACUCUCAAACAUUAAAAACAAUUCUCCACCAAACCCUAACUGGAAGGUUUAUGACAUUGUGAAGAUCGUUGGACCAUCAAUUGGAGACUAUGAUCAAGCAAAUCAAUACAUCUCAGAUUACACAACGGGGGUCUCAGCAGCAGAGGACUCAAUUACUUAUUCAAUGACAGACCCUGCAGUUGUGGAAUUACCUGAGAAGAGAAAAAGGAAAAAUAAGCUCUGUGAUGAAAGUGACAUCAAUUCAGAGACAUCUUCCUGUGAAGAUGAUAUGAACUUGAAGCAGUCAGGAAAUGAAGUGAAGCAAUCUGGUCUGAAGUCAAGAAAUGUCCCACUGCCCAAACCUCCUAUAUACCAUGAUACUCUUCAGAGAAGUGGGAAAAAAGAUGAGGAUGAUCCCAAGCCCACAAGCUCUGAUGUCUCAGAAUUUCAUGAUCUUCAACAACAUCACAUGACUUAUAAAGAAAUUACAGUGCAAACCAGGAUACCAGAUGAUGUGCAUUUAAAGAAGUCAAGAAAUGCAAUGAAGCGAGUUGGUCUGAAGACAAAGAAUGUUCAGCUGGCCAAAACUCCCAGAUACCAUGUAGUCAAGAGUCCACUUAUUCAGAAAGCUCUGUGUGUCAAAACAUCUGGUGACUGUCUGGAUGAUAACAAUGAAAGCCCUGAUGACAGUUAUUUAAACUCAAGCCAGCCCAACCCAGUAUUCUUAGAUACUCUUCAGGGAAAUGUGGCAAUGCAUGAGGAUGAUCAUCCCAAAAGCUCUGCUUCUUCAGGGAAGGAACCAAAGGAAACAAAAUGCAAAGUCACCAUGGAGAAAUUGUUUGAUCUGAAUACUAAGAUACUCCAACAAAUUCAAAUGCUGGAACAGAGACAAGCUGUCAUCAUGAAUGACUUGGCAAAAGUUAAGUCUGUUCUCAUGAAGCGGGCAGAAGAAGAUGCCCAUGAGGAACUUUUUAAACAACAACAGUGCUCCAGCUUUGAAACGUUUGAAGCCUUCUGUCAGAGGCUUGAAGAAGACAAAAAUUAUCGAGAGCUUUAUGUACACUAUCUCAUCCAUACUCACGGCAGCUCCAAUAUAGGUGAGAUGCUGAGACAGGCUUUAAAAAGCAUAGCGUCAGACAAUGUUCUCUGUCUGUAUAACAGAACGGGGAAAGAUGGGAAGAAGGUGUUGCCACCUGUGCUCCUGACAUGUUUGAAAAAAUGUGUCAGGUCUUUUCACAAACAAAAUGAAAUAGAGGUGAAGAAGCUAAAAGUAACCACUAACACCAGACGCGGAAUGUAUUCGCCAAGUAGAAAUUUUUUUUGUCCAACGCCAACACCAGGCUGAAAAGGAAACCAAAUAAAGGAAAAAGCUGACUUUUUGUUUGAUUGUUUUUAUUGAUGGAAAUAAAGAAUGUGGGUGUAAAAGUUUGAGUUAACUGAAUCAUUUUAGAUAACAGUGAACUAACACAAUUAUUGCAUAGUGGUGUUAUAUGGUGAUCUUACAGUAUGAGCACACAGUGAGUGCGCAGUGACA